GCUAUUCGGGCAAAGCGCCGCAGGGGGUUCCCAUGUCAAUCCCGUGCCAGGUCCAAGUUUUUUUAUGCAAUACCCAGAGCCUGUAGGAGCCCCCAUCAGCAAAAGGAGAAGGUCAGUAAGCCAAACCUCCGCGCCUGUAUGAGCAGCACCACAGAGCGGUUAUUUGUUGUAUCGGGGCUGACCUGAGUAGAAUGCCAGUACAGUGGGGUGGUUAGCUUGUACAUUUAUGAGCAGUAUCGUACUGGGGCUCUGGUACCGGGAGUCCGGGGACUGGAUUGUUAUGAUUUGAUACAUUCUUUCUUCCCCGCACGCCUCACACCCUCUGCUCCGGAGAUCUCGGGUGGUCGGGCGAUGGUGGGUGGGGAAGGAGGGUAGGCUGACAUUUUUACUGGCUGGACUGGCUGGUCUGGCUGACAUUUCUUAAUGUCGUGCUUCCUCAUUUUGGUGGGUUAGGUUUUAUCGAUAACCGAAUAAAUCAGCAGGCCCUUACGGCCUCUCAUGUGGCUUCAUGGUCCCUGCACGUGCCCAAGAUUUAGAUGAAUUUGGUCUAAAUUGUGGGGUAGCUCCGAAACAACAGCCGUCGCACCAGGGACCUCUGAAUAAUGUACCGGCAGCCCACCCAUCCGACCGAAUGGCUAAAUUCGUAAGAGCUAGAGUGAGAGUACUUCUAAGCUCAAUCUCCCCUCCUUCCAAGCCAAGGGUUGGAUACACUUUAUUCCUGAUCUUCAUCUUCCUCCUCUGUCCUCAACUUGGUGCAGUUCAUACUCGCUUUGUACACACAACUCUUACUCUUGCUGGCUCAGGGGGUCAACCAUGCACUGGGUUACGCCCCUCCGGAGUUCGCUAUUGCUGCUGCUAGCAGCAGUUGGUGAAUCUCAGGAUACUCCAAUAUUUCCGGGGCCUUGGGAACGCUACAUUCAGGCACCGGAAUCUCGUCAGGUCCGUCCUCAAAAAGUUUACUAUACUGAGGGCACUGUUUCUGCUGCCGCCGACACGUCAGGCGUUACGGUUUUGAAAGGCCAGGGUGCCUUGGUGACAUACGAGUUUGCUCAAAAUAUUGCUGGACGGUAUCACCCCUCGCUAAAAGGACUCCCCCUUUGGCUGUUCUUCGGGUGGAGUGAUCAAUGCUGAUGGUUUGCUUCUAAGCUUAGCCUUUUUUUCGAAGUUGAUUCGGCCACCACGAGUAAGCACCAGUCCAUUGGUAUUGCUUUCUCUGAAUCCCCUCGAUUUAUCGGGCGAAGAACGGACGGAACCGGUGAUAGAAUCGAGUACGACCUUACCCAUUUUCAGCCCCUGACAAGUGGCCUUAAUUCACUCGACCAGGACCAUGUUCGCGGCGCGUUCAAGUAUGUCACGUUUUUCAUCCCUCACCCGAAGGAUCCAAAGGUUGGCCAAGCACUCCCGCACAUCACUUUGCUCACUACCAAAUCUAUCGCUGCGGACCUCUCAGAUUUGGCGCAGAUGAAGGUGGGGACACGUGGCGGACAACAGCCCCUGCUUCCUGCUGAAAGUGUUGGUUUUAAAGAUAUCUGGGUUAAUUAUUCAGCUUUCCCGUCGCACGAGAACCCACGGCGAUACACGGGGUAUUUCUAUUCGAGCGAUAAUCUUCUCAACCGCAUUUGGUAUGCCGGGGCUUACACGCUUCAAAUUACCACAAUCCCACCAAAUGAAGGGGGAACCCUCAUUGAUUUGAAUAAGGUGUUUGAUGACAAUAGAGCACCACAUGGAACCUGGUACUCCAAUUUUACGAUAUCUAACGGGACCUCCGUAACUACGGAUGGUGCUAAGCGCGACAGAAUGGUCUACGCGGGAGACAUGACACUUGCCGCCCCUGGAAUCGCCGUCUCAACUUACGAUCUGGUCUCUGUCAAGAACGCUCUCGACACCCUGUUUGAGCACUAUUAUCAUAGUUCUCAUGAUGAGGGUGGUAAGGACAGCGGCAUGAUCAGAUUACCUUAUGCGGGUCCGCCUAUGGGGUUCCGUUUUGAGUUUAGCGAUACAUAUCAUAUGCAUGCACUUUUAGGUGUUUACCAGUAUGUGCUUUAUAGUGGAGACUUCGAUUACUUGAAGCAUUUGUGGUGGAAGUACGUCCAAGCAAUCGAAUAUUCGACGUCAAAGAUCUCGAAGCAUACUGGCCUGAUGUGAGUCACCCCUCAGUUGUUUGCCAAAAGGUAUCGUAGAUAAAUACUAAUAGUUCUGCGCUCAAGGUAUGUUACCUCGGGCAACGAUUGGCUCCGGCCCGGCAUGGGGGGGGAGAAUGUUGAAGCUCAAGGAAUUCUUCUCAAAACACUUUUUGGUAGCGUCAAGCUUGCAGAGUGGUUGGGUGAGGACGGCUAUAAGUUUAAGGAUGUUAAAGGACGAGACCUUAAACAACUUAUCACCCUAUGGGAGGGGUAUAUGGCGGGUCUUAAGAAGGGAAUUAUGGCCCCUAAGAAGCUUUGGAACGAGAAAGUUGGACUGUUUUGUGACAACUCUGGGGAUAGGCAGGAUGUGAGUAGCAAAGAUAUCCUUGAAAUUGGCUUCCAUUGCUAAAUUAAACGGUGCUUAGAUCUUCCCUCAAGACGGAAAUAGUUGGGCUGUUGCAACAGGUCUUGUCACUGGAGAUAUUGCCCGCCGGAUUAGCAAAGAAUUGAAGAAUAGGUGGGGAAUUUAUGGGGCUCCAGCAGUAGAGGUAUGGUUUCCCAGUUUAGCUAACCGUAUAUUUUUGGGACAGUACUAACCCGGCGAAAUAGCUGCCGAAUACAAUUUCGCCUUUUGCCUCUGGGUUUGAGCUUCAAGCUCAUACUCAAAUCGGAAAUUAUCAAACCGCUCUCGACCUCAUGAGAAGGCAGUGGGGAUAUAUGCUUGAUGGGCCCGGCUUUACCAAUAGCACUUUAAUUGAAGGAUUCAGGAUGGAUGGAGAUAUUCGUGGGUUAUCUGGUCGUUCCGAAACAUGGGGAUAACAUUAACAUUCCUUCCUUGUUUGUUUAUAGAAUACCCGGCAUACUGGUCCUCAACUAGAAACUCGCACGCCCAUGGAUGGUCAGCAGGCCCAACAUCUGUCUUAACAGACUCAAUUCUUGGGAUCAAACUUCUGAGUCCCCUCGGGAAAACUUGGUCAAUCACCCCUCAACCUGGGGAUCUAGCUCACGUUGAGGGUGGCUUCCAAACUAGCCUGGGUAAAUUCGUAGUAAAUUACGAUAAAACGGCAGAAGAGGAAGUCUUAGAAGUUGAGACACCUGAAGGGUCCUUCGGAACCCUCAACUGGGGAGGCAUCGUUGGGGGAAUGAAGAUGGAGACCGGCGGAAAGUGGCGAUUGACGAAGGGUAAGGACGGGAAGAUUAAGGGCGGCAAAGGCAGGACCCAAUUUGUCCACCAGAACGGGCCCAGUCAGGGAAGGCCCCAGUAUGCUGGUACAGAGGAGCUGUAAAUGAUUGUACGGAUUGGCGACUUCGUUGUGCUGCGUUUCUUUUCCUUUCUCAUUUAUAUACGUGUUUCUCUCUCUUAAGACGAUGGUUGCCUAGAAUGAUGAGUGUAUGUCAUGAUUUUGGCCGUCUGUUCCGAUGGACUUGGUAUCGGGGUUUGGGGUUUGGGGUAUCGUGGGUUGUUAUCAUACAUGUCUCCCAAAUUUUGUUGGCGUUGCCCUGCCGUUUUGAAUGGUUCUGGUUUUUUAAGCUGAGUGAGGGUGGAGUUGCUGGAGAGCCGUAAGUUUGACUAAGGCCUUGAAAUGCUUCUGUCCGAUGCCGUAAAAGAACAUGCGCCAGCGGGGUUUGAGAGGAAGGUUGGAUGGGUAGAUGCCUUGACGAAGUUGCACUCGUAGUCUAAUAGAAAUGACCAGAGUUCCUCGUGGGGGAUCCCUUCCCGUUUCCGAAACGUAUGGCUUUAAUCCUUCCGUUCUGGAUGAUGUCCCCUGGGAUCUCUUGUACGGUGAUUCGCUAUCUCCCUCAGACUUCAAACCACCGGAUCAGAGACGGCAGCCCCUGAGAAGCGUUCUCCUGACGCGGAAUAGCCUGUGCCGCCCCUAGACGUGUUAGGCUCGAGGACUAGUAUCCGUGAUCUUGUUGACCUAUUGGGCUAAACCUAUUGUAGACUGAUGAGUUGAUUCCCGCUGAUGAUCUGGUGGCGAAUUCC